UGAAGUUCUCACACAUGGGCACAAAACGUCACACGCAUUAGCUGUGUAAAAUGAAAUGCUAAUUGUUUCACGUUGUCCAUGUUCUCUUUCCCAGGGAGGAAAUUUUGUUACGUCAUGAUGCGCUUCUGGCACCUGUCAAUCACAGACGUACCCGAGGACCCCGAAAGCAUACAGAUCUUCAGGAUAACAGAUAACGGAGACGACCCACCUAAGAAGAUUGUGACAGCCGUGUACGAGUUUCAUUGUGAGCUGACAGAUGGAGUCGAACCUGACUGGAUGGUGACCCACAUCUGGCACUGGAAGCAGCUGGAGUGACAGGCGUGACAGUGACAGACGUGACAGUGACAGGCGUGUCUCACCUAACGGUGCCUCGUGAAGAAUGUUCUGGAUGUCCACCACCCUCGUUCUCUCCCUUACUCAGACGCAGAACUAUAGGAACCAAAGCUAUUCCAAACUUAGAACCUCAGGAUAGUCACGGUUUAUGCACCGGCCAAAACUUCAGUGGAACCAAACCCCCAUGAUAGAACCAUCAUGGAUAGCACUGGACUGUAUGGGAGGCUGGGCCAGGCUGGUGUGGGGUGAUGUCAUGUGCAAUUCCUGUUUGUCAUUUCUACAACACAUGCAACUUCUUUGGCAUAUUUAUUUGUUACAGGCGGGCUUAACUUCUAGUUCAAAUCUAGUUACACACACAUUUUUCUGAAGUGCAAUAAAUUAUUUCAUGGGUUAACAAAAAACGGCUCCUCUGUUUACCAUAGACUGUGUAUUUAGAGGAAGUCCAUUCACUGUAGGGCUGUACUUUGACUGUGAUAGACUGAACUUGUGCUGGAGGAUUUCAUGAUAACAAAGCCUACUGUCAUGAUUUCAUAACCUGA